AUUACACAGUUAGUCCCUGUGGUUUACACUAAAUAACAAUCUAAGGUACUAAGAGUUUAAAAUCACGUUUUAGGGUACUAACUUUUAAUUUUUUAACAAAGUAAGGUAUUAACGUUAAGUUGCUGUUAAAUGCUAACCCUGACACCCUCACGUGCCAUAAACGUGAGGGUAAAUAUGUCAUUUAAAUGAAGGUCUCCUGCUUUAAUUAAACUCUGUUUCAUUCAACAUCAGUCUAUUCAUCUUCACCCCAUAUACUCUGUAAACCCAAAUCGAGUAAACCCUGAUUUCUAGGGUUUUAGCGUUGAGCGAUGGAUCUUUUGAGACAAGAAGAUGAACCAUUUGACUACGUUGGCAAAUACGGUACACAAACAGGAUUAUUUUCUCUGAAGAUACACUACAAUGGGCAAUUUGGAAUCAAAAAUCAAAAUCUUUGCUACAUAACUGGUAGGGCUAAGACUGAGGUGUUGUUAAACAAUUUGUGUGAGGUGUUUAAUGCAAGAUUGGUGGAUGGCAGGGAUAAGCCCAUUAUCAGUGCUCUUGAAUAUGUUAGAGAGUAUUGCAUGAAAAGGAUUGUCAAUGUGCUGAAGGUUAUUGCUAAGACUGAUGGUGUGUUGACUCCAAAAGCUGCUGAGCAUUUUGAGCUUGUCAAAAAACAUGCAGCCAAUUUAAUUGUCCAGUGGAAUGGUGGUCCUAAGUAUCAAGUUAGUUGUUAUUUGGGUGAAAGAUAUGGAGAGCAGUUUGUUGUGGAUGUCAUUGAGAGGACCUGCACAUGCAGGAAAUGGGAAAUAAGGGGCAUGCCUUGUACACAUGCUGUUGCCACCAACUGGGAUAUGGCUGCAAAUGGUUUGAAGGUUGACAUACCAGAGAGAUGGGUGGAUGAGUGCUACUGGUUGUCUACAUGGAAGAAGGUAUACUCUUACAAAAUAGGGCCAAUCAAUGGAAGAAGCAUGUGGCCUAGGGCACACUGUAGUACAAAACUCCUUGAACCAAUGUACCACAAACCUGUUGGCAGACCCAGGAAGAUGAGAAGAAAGGAUGAAAUGGAGAAGGAAGAUAGCAUGGUUAAAGAUGGCAAGUUGAGUAGGAAAUGGAAGACAGUGACAUGUGGAAGCUGUGGAGGAAAAGGUCACAAUAAAAGAAGGUGCACCGGACAAGGCUCAACUGCUGCUCAAUCUAGUUAAAUAGGAUGUUUGGUUAUGCUUUUUGAUGCUUUUUUAUGUUAUUAGGCUGCUAAAACUUCUGGUUAUCCUUUUUUAUGUUAUUAGGAUGUUUGGGAUAUGUUAUCAAACAGUUUGGGAUAUGGUUUUUGUAAAACUGUUGUUACCAGUU